GGCUCUGAAAACCAACAAGGAAAAUGGCAGCCCAGAUGAAGAUGUGGCUGUUACUUGUGUGUGGCGUUGUCCUGCUGCGAGCCGGUGACCCUGUCAGAAUUGAAGCAGAUGAAGGUGAAGACGUGCUCCUGCCCUGCACUGUAGAACACAGAGACGCUGACCGUCUUCCAAAGCCUACGGUGAACUGGCAGCGGUCAGGGAGUGAAGUUGUGAACAGCUACUACGAUGGCAAGAACCAUCCAGUGUAUCAGUCUGGACGAUAUAAGGGGAGAACGGAGUUCGCUUCUCAGGGAUUGUCCGAGGGCAACGCGUCUCUGCUACUGAAGAAUGUAACCCCCGCUGACUUUGGGAACUACACCUGUCAUGCUAGUUUAUAUGAGAACGCUCCCCAAACUUUACAAAAAUUGUCCUGCUGGGGCAGAAAAAGACCCAAGGUGCAAACGUGCCAGGAGGACCUGAAAACCAACUCCACCUUCUAA